GACCCAAGCCCAACCAGCACCUAUCUACUACCUCCCCUGAUCCCCUCACUCUCUCCACUCCCAGACUCCCAGUCCACUCACGAUGGCAGAUCUCGGCGAGUCACCCACCCCACCGCCUCCGCUCUCGCCCCCACAGCCGGCGACCUCGUCUCGCACCGCCACCCCAUCUCAUCCCCUCCCCAACUCCCCUCCACUCAUCCGACGGCGGCUAGAGACGCACACAACCGGCGACCAACAUCACACAAAGGUCGCCACAGCCGGCGGUGGAAGGACAGUCUUCUCCCGCCGCUAGCCGCAGCCUCCGCCUCGCCCUGAUCUUCGGCCUCCUCGACCGCCGCUCGCUCUCGUGGGAAGCACCUCGCCGCCUCCCUGCCCAUGCCGUCUUCGCCGACUGCCCUGCUCGCGCCGACCUCGCGAAUCUCGCGGCCGCGCUUGGCAGUGCUCGACUUGUCCUCGCCGCCGCCAGCGGCGACGGGUCCUUCCCGUGCCUCUACCGCCUCGUGGCCGAGUCCUCCUCUCCCCAAAUCGACACCCGCCCUUUGUCGAGCCUGCCGUGCCAGCGACAUGAGCAGGAUGGUGGCCGUCGAGGCUUCGGAUGCGGUCGACGCAGAUGAGAACAGUUCAUAGAGCCGUACCAGGCAGAACAAGCUGUUCCACGCAUGGGGUCUGAUUUAAAUAUUUUCGGAGAUGCAUAAUAUGCCAAACACUUCUAAAGGUGCCUCGUCCAUGGGCGCAUGAUAGUGGAAAAACAUCUGUAAAUUGUGCAGGAUCCUAUAGAGCAAAUGGGCAUCAUCGACGUGCAGUACACGCUCUCGUAGGCAGAUAAGUAACCUCGGACAACUUAUUUUGUGAAGACCGGUGGUUCAUGGUCUGAAAGUUUUGUUUUUCUCUCUAAAUUUUGUACUUAGAUAAUCCUUUAAAUGCUUUUUACUGCUUGAUCACAUAAUACAUGUCCGUGCAAGAAAGGAGUUGUUAACUGAAACAAUAAUGUUAAUUUUUGUUGUUAGCUGAAACAAUAAUGUUAAUUUUUGUUAACUACAAACUGUCUUGGACAUUGGUUUUUUCAAAUUAACUCCGUGUUGAACUGGUUCUUCUUGUUGUGUGCUGCAGCCCAGCAAUCUGUUCAUGCCAAAUGAUUGAGUCCUGGUGAGGUUCAUUGCUGGACAUGCAUGGUCUCCGCAGGCAAGGAACACAUAAAAGUUAAUUCAGCGUGUUAUCAGAAACUCAUGAGCAUGAAAGAGAAAUUUGGAUCAUGUUCGAACAUGGGUAGAGAGCAGAUCGAGGAGAACUUGAAGAUUAAAGGCAAUGAAAGUGAUGUUGAGGAUCUCUAUAGCUCAUUCCCUAUGGAGAAGGUUGAAGCACUCGAAGACAUGGUUUCAUUUGUUCCUUCCAUUCUUAUCAACGUGAGCUGUGUCGUGUUAAUAGAAUCGACUGGGGCAAACUUUCUCAUGUUUUUCCCCACUCAUACUGCUACUCUGCUAUGGUGUUGCUGCUGUUUCCACUACUGCAGUUUUGAGCAUUCCAACACAAGUUGGAUCUUGGGCGCGUCCAGGAGGGGAUCACCAGGGGAUUUACAGUCUACUGAAGAGAUCACACAGCAGAUCGCUUCGCGUCUCCUGAAGCGAUCCCACGGCAGUUCACCGCCUCCUGAGACGAUUUUUUGGUGGCGCCGUCGGAUCGGGGUCGUGAUCGCCGGCGAACACGACACGCGGGAUCGCGUCCCCGUUUCCUCGCCCGAUUCAACAGCAGUCAGCCGCCUCCUGCAACCGCGACGGCGAAGGAAUGGAUCGGCGCGGCGCAGGGAUGGAUCUACCGCGGCGCGGCGCAGGAUGGAUCCGCCGCGGCGCGGUCCAGGGAUGGAUCCGCCGCGGAAUGGGCGUAGGGUUGGAUCGGGCGUGCGAUCGGGCGGCGUCGGAGAUCGAUCUGCUGUUUCGGGCAGGGGCGGAGAUAGAUCAGCUGCGUGA